AUAGUUUAUCUUGUUUAUUACUACCUUAUAUGUUUAUAUGAGUACAUUGUGUUACUAUGUAUUAGUUUUCAUUCUUGCUCAAAUAAAUAAAAAAGGGUCUUUCAAUAGUAAUAUACAGCACUGUUGUGUGCAAUGUUGCCAAACGGAGUAGUAUUUUGGUCCGUAUUCAACAUUCCGCUGUUCGACCGAUAGAGGAACAGCGCUGUAGAUAGAUUGUUUGUCAAUAUCUUUGAGUUGGUUGAUUUUUAUUGGUUUUUUAUGUGUAAUGCAAUCAUUUUACAAUGAGACAAAAGAUUAAAAAAGUAUCCUGACCGUAAACGCGUCAGAGUGUUCGGUGCAUGUGUAUAGGAUAUACUGACAAUACUGUCAAAGAGAACGUUGUAUAGGUGCAAUAAUGAUACUUUUAUAUGCAAGUGAGGAAUUCCAUCUGUUUCAUUAAAGAAAAUAAUAUUUGGAAUGCCUGCUUCAUAAGCAGAAUUUAAACUUUGUUAAAUCAAUUACUUCGAACCAUACACUAUCAUGGAUGUUUAAUAUAAAUAUCAUUUUUUUUAAAUAACAAACUAAAAAUUUGUGAUACAACAGAAAAAAAACAGAUAACCCUCAAUGCAAGAAAAGUUCCAACAUUGGUACUUUUAGUUGGCACAAUUAUCUGUCAAGUAACACAUAAGGAUAUACCAUAAAAAAUGUAUACCAGAAUGACACAACAAAGAGAUACAGAUGGUUUGUAUUGUAAAGAUGAAUACAUUCGACAAUUGUGUAUCCUGUUUAGUUGAUGCACAAAAUAUUGUCUUAGACAAUUACAGAUUAUUUUUAUUGAAUAUCUUUGUUCUUGCUCUUUUGGAGCAUUCUCAUUGUCAUAAAGUAAUCAGUGUUCAUAAAAUCACUUUUAAUGAGGCUGAAAGCAAAUAUAGGAAGGCAAACUCUCUUUUGAGAAGGUACAGUGUUUUAAAACUGACUUUCAUGAACAAUGAACCAUUCGGGAAGUGGAAAACGUCAGGCGAAGGUUUUGGAAGAAAACUAUUGGGACUGUAGUGUCUGCACGUAUAGAAAUACCGCAGAAGCAUUUAAGUGCCUCAUGUGUGACGUCCGAAAAGGAACUUCUACGCGGAAACCCCGCAUUAAUCCCCAACUUGUGGCACAACAGGUUGCACAGCAACAGUAUGUACCACUUUUGAAACCGGGAAAGAAGGAGGGUGGAAGUGGAGGUAGUACAACGAGUAGUGGUAAAGAAAAAGACCGUAAAUUGGAUAAACCACGGCGUAAAAAUAGGCAUCCACCUCGUCUAAAAAAUAUAGAUCGUAGUACGGCUCAAACCAAUGAAGUGACAGUAAAUAAUGUUACUGUUGUUAUUACAGAAUAUAAGCCCAAAGUAAAAAAAAGUUCAGAUCAGUCUGGUUUAUCUAGCAGUGCUUCUUCCGAAAAUGGAAGCCAGCACGAUUCUAAUCAAGAUUCUAGAAGUCUGGAUAUAGGAACGGAUGCUUAGCUCAAUGCUAUAUCACAUAUGUGUAUGAAUUAAUCUAAUUAAUAUAUUACAUAAUGUAUGUCAAUCUCCAUGGACUAUGGUCCAUUUUAUAGACAAAAACAACCAUUUUGUCUAUGUGUUACAGGUUAUAUAACAUUCAAUGAGGUCAGAUGUUUUAUGCUAUUGGUGGAAUCAUUGACUUAUGUCUUCAAUACAGUAUAAGAAAUAUGUCAUGUAUCAUUGUUUCAUAUCAACAUCAAAAUUGUCUGAUUCAUUAUAAUAAUCUAUUUCACAUAUAAAAUAUCAAUAGAAGUUAGUUGUACUUAAUGUUAUUUAUUUUAUAG